AUGCUAGGCAGCCCGUGGUCCGACGGCGCACCCGGUGUAAGUCAACGACCGAUCCCGCGAGGUCACUCGUUUACCUACCGGUGGACGGCGACCAUACACGGGAGCUACUGGUACCACUCCCACUCCCGCCACCAGAUCGAGGACGGCCUCUUUGGGGCCCUCGUCGUCGACCCUUACCCCGACGCGCCGAAGCCCUUUGGCGAGAUCAGCACCCGCGCGCUCGCGGUGAAAGCCAUGGACGCCGCCGACCGGUCGGCGCACGCGCUGCUGCUUUCCGAUUUCAGGAACACGACGGGGGACGAGGCUUGGGAGAUUACGCAGCUGGCCGAGCUGGACCCCGCGUGCUGGGACUCGAUCCUGAUUAACGGCAAGGGCAAGGUGACGUGCCCGGACCCGAGCAAUAUCGAUAGUCUUCUUAGUGACUUGCAGAGGACGCAGUUGGGGCGGAUGAAUGUCACCAUGACGAGCAAAGGAUGUUACCCGCCGCAGCUCAUGGCCCUCGCCUGGAACGGCCGCGGAAACGGCAGCGCGGUCCCCCACCACAUGUUUGAAGAAUGCCAAGCGACCGAAGGCACCCAAGAAGUGGUGCGCGUGCGCCACCGAUCGAGCUGCGCCGACGAGAGCUGGGUAGCGCUCCACUUCAUCGGGGCCUUCCAGUCCCUCACGGCCGCCGUCUCCAUCGACGAGCACCCCAUGUGGGUGUACGCCGUGGACGGGGGCUACGUCGAGCCGCGGCAGGUGCAGGCCCUCACCGUCACCAACGGGGAGCGGUACUCGGUCCUGGUCCAGGCGAACAGGGCGGGCCAGUUCGCCAUCCGCGUGGCGUCGGUCAACGAUCCGCAAAUCAUCGUCGGCCACGCGACGCUCGACGUUGAGAUUGGCGGGGUGGCCGCCGGGGGACGACGACCCGCGCCCGCCGGCACCCUACAUCAACGACGCGGGGAGGCCGACGUCGGCCGACGUGGUGUUUUACGCCCAGACGUGGGCGAAACCAUGGGCAACGCGCAGCCGGCGUACAUUUGGUCGAUGAACUCGACGCCCCUCGAGUCCGCGAGCCUCGAGGACCGGGUGCCGUUCCUGCUCGACCCGCAGCCGGCGGUCAACCUUACCGUGGCCACGGCCAACGACACGUGGGUGGACCUCGUGCUCGUGACGCACGCGUCGCCGAACCCGGCGCACCCGAUCCACAAGCACGGUGUCAAGAUGCACUUGCUCGGGGUCGGCUACGGGCCGUGGACCUGGUCGAGCGUGGAGGAGGCGGCGGCGCAGAACCCGGCGGCGUUUAACCUCGUCGACCCCCGCUCAAGGAUGGCUUCACGUCCCUGA